UAUUAAAAGAGAAUACGUUCGUUCGCAGAAGUUUGCAACGCUUUCUCUUUCAUCAAGUUUUGAAAUGCGCAAAUUGAUGCUGGCAAUUUCACGAUCUUUCCGCGUUCUGGAACUCUUUGAACUACCAAUGCAACUUCUCACUAGUUCCUAGGGAAUACUUACGAUACACUGCAAAGGUAGAUCGUAGACCUAAAGAACAUAAUUUUUGGCGCCAUUCAGCAGUCUAACCUACCAAAGAUGAUCGUGCCGAUCAAGAGAGACGGAAAUGUACAAACUUGGGCUAUCAUAGAUCUUCAGGGCGAUCUGAAAUUCGAAAAAAUCGAUAAUCCGGACAAUCAAUUAAUCGGCGAUCUUCACUUCACGAAAGCUGGAGUACCUGUUUUGAUUAUCGGAAUUCACGUUUUGCAUGGGAAAGAAGUCACACUUGAUAAACCACUAAUUGUACUGGAAAGGCAUCGUGAUACGACAGAUAACGCAAAAGACGAGGAAGCUAUGGUAAACACAGAAUACUCAGUAAAAGCUAUUGUGAGGAAGAAACUGCUGUUUAAGUCAAGACCAAAGCCUAUAGUGACCAAUGUACCGAAACCAUGUUAACACAAGCUUAUAAUAUUACAUGUAAACAUGAAUAUGUUGUGAAAGAUACAAUUUUAUUUUACUUGAAUUAAGUUAAUGUUUAAUUAUACAAGAUUACAAUGUACA